AUGGGAGGGGCGCUGGGCCGGUCUGUGAACGGGGAGCAAGCAGGACCGAGGGAGGUGGCAGCCGCAGCUCCCGUGACUCCUGAGAGCAGUGCCUGGCACAAAGCCAAUGCUCAGGAACAUAAGCUGCUACUGCCACAGGCAGCAGUGCCCACGGGGACGUCAGGCCUCAGCCCCGCCCCCACCCCAACUCCCUGCAGUGAGCUGGAGCACCCUGCCCCCUCCCAUGGCACCCUGGGCAGUGCCAGGCAAAAGCUGGGCCAGCAAAACUUCCUGGAGCAGGCGAGUGAAGGCAGGGACAAUGGCUACCUGCUCUCUCCUAGGAAGAUCGGCUCCGGGGCCUUCUCCAAAGUCUGCCUGGCCUACGCCACACGUGAGCGCAUGCGGCACAACGCCAGGCUGGCCUCCGACCCGCAGGCCAAGCACCUCGCCAUGGUGGCUAUCAAGAUCAUCUCCACUGCCAAGGCCCCUGUGGAGUUCUCCCAAAAGUUCCUGCCUCAUGAGAUAUCAUCACUCAACGCCACCUAUAAGCACCUGAAUGUGGUGCAGCUGUACGAGGCCUACCAGAGCCGGGGGUCCUACCUGGUGCUGGAGUUGGCAGCCCGCGGCGACCUGCUGGGGCACAUCAACUGGGUGUCAGAGCAGUGCUGCAGCCCGGGGCUGGACGAACAGGAGGCCCGCGGACUGUGCCGGCAGCUCGUCAGUGCCUUGGCCCACUGCCACAGCUCCGGCAUCGUGCAUCGGGACCUGAAGUGUGAGAAUAUCCUGCUGGGUGACCGAGGCCUCCUGAAGCUGACCGCUCCUCACAUGGGGGACUGCCUGCCCCACGCCCGCCCCCGCUCCACACGCACAGACUUUGGCUUCGCCAGCCAGUUGGACCUCAAGAGCUCACUGCUGAGCACCUUCUGCGGCUCCGUGGCCUACACAGUCCCGGAGAGCCUCAUGAGCAAGAAGUACAGCGGGGAGCAGGCAGACCUGUGGAGCCUGGGCAUCAUCCUUUAUGCCAUGGUGAACGGGAAGCUGCCCUUCAAGGAGCACCAGCCCCACCACGUGCUGAACCUGAUGCGCCGCGGCCCCACCUUCAGGCCAGGCCUGUCCCCAGAGUGCCAGGACCUGAUCCGGGGCUUGCUACAGCUGCGCCCAUGUGCCCGCCUGAGCCUGCAGCAGGUGGCCGCGCACUGCUGGAUGCUGCCCGCCACACAGGUGCCCAUCGGCACCACGCUCAGGAUGCUACCAGGUGGGGAGGGCCGGCGGGGGGCAGGUGCUGGCCCUUCAGCGCCCCUCCUGAUUCCCCACUGCUGUCGGUUGCAGGAUCCUGGCAGAGACUCGGAGGCGCAAGGCAGCGCCCCCUGCAGGGGGGACCUCACAUCGAGAGGGAGCACUUCUGGGCGACCGCCUGAGCCUGCAGAGGCCCGCCCAAGAAGAGGCUCGGGCUCUGCCCAGCUGGGGCGCUGGAGCGCGAGGCCAGCCAGCCUGGGGGUGGGCGCCUCCAGGUAGCUACCAUGGCUGAGCUCCCCACCUGCCAUCAGGACCACGCCUGGGCACUACCUGGUCAACUGAGCGUGGGCGGGCACAGACGAGACCAGAUAAAGCGUUUAU